AUGCCGGAGCAGUUCAACUUAGGACCAACUAAGCCUACGGUAAAAUGUACUGUUAAUAGUCAAUGGAGCAUGGCAGCCGCUGCUGCAAAUGAGGGGGUAAUAUUGACAGAAGAUGUCGACACAGCUGUCUUCCAUAUAGAGAAUCUUACAAAAUGCGCGACCGCAAAGUCUUUGAAAGUGGUUAAGCCGGUCUCCGAGUCCGCCACCAACAACGCGGUGACAGUGAAGACACGAGGUGGGCAGACCUCGCCGCGGGCACUCGCUUCACGGGUGCAUCCAGUCUUGCCGAUGGCAGCGGGAGGUGAAAGAGUCGCCCAUGCAGCUGUCCGUCUUUAA